AUGGCCUCCAUGACACAGUCCUUCACCAUCGAUCCUGUCACAACAAAAGAAGACCUCACAGCAACCAUAUCUCUCUUCAAAUCCUACACCCAAUGGCUCAAUCUCGACCUAAGCUUCCAAGAAUUCGACUCCGAAAUGUCAAACAUGCCAGGGAAGUACACACCACCAACUGGUGCUCUCUUCCUCGCUCGCAUGGCCAAUGGCGAGCCCGUUGGCUGCGUUGGUCUUCGAGCUCUAUCCUCAGCAAGAACUUGUGAGAUGAAGCGUCUCUACGUUGACCCCAAAGGUCGAGGUCUGGGAUUGGGCAAAGCUCUGGCUGAAAGGGUCAUUGAUGAGGCGAAGCGGUUGGGAUAUGAUGCUAUGAUGCUGGAUACGCUGGGGCAUAUGACUGCUGCGCUGGCGUUGUAUAGGGAAUUGGGGUUUGAGGAGGUUCAGGCGUAUUAUGAGACUCCGUUGGAGGGUACUGUCUUUUUGAGAUUGGAUCUCAUUGCGUGA